UAUAUCUAACUAAGCAUAUUCAAUCAAUAAAAUAAAAUGGAUUAAUUAGCUCCCAAUAGUAUUCCUAUUCAAUAAAAUUGUAUCUUUCAUCCUCAAAAUAAACUUGCCUUUAUCUAAGUUAAUUAAAUUUCAUCCCUUCCUAGCUCUAACAUAUUCUAAUGUAUUGAUUGCUUCGAAAAAGAUUUACAAUUUAGAGGUGACAAUUACAUACUCAUCUAAAAAAUUUUUGAAAAUUCAGAUUCUGAUUUUCAUUCUCAAUGGCCACCUCUCAAUGAUUAACAGAUUGUUCAGAAUAUUCAUUUGAAGGCUAUGAAUCUCAAUUCAACAUAAAGCAUCCUUAAUUAAAUCAAUUCUUACUUCACUUAGCUAAAAGAUGAAAUCAUUAAAAAAAUAGAUGUCGCUUAGAAAAAAGCAAUCAAUCAAGCUCUUGAAAUGCCUUUUGGUAAAGAGUAAAUUUUGAAAAGGUAUCAAGAAAUAUCUUAAAUUCAAAACUUAAAAUAACUGCUCAUAUAAGACUAGAAUAAGUCUUUUGAGCUCUACCAAAAGUCGUGUAAAGAAUUUAUUUAGUAAGUAGAAUUAAAUAAAAGUAAAAAUACUCAGCUGCUUUAAGAGUUGCUCAAUCAAUGCGACUAAAUUCAACAAUAAAUCGAUUUUGAUAGAUUAAACAAAAGCAAAGUAUUUUUAUUAUAUUUUUUAGAUUAGCUUAACCUUUUUGAAGAUUAAACUUAAAGCCAAGUUAGCUCUGAUAAUCACUUAAAUAAUAAUUUAUUAGCAUAACAAGAUAAUAGUAAAAUAGAUUAAUUAAUGAAUUUAAUUUCUAACAAAACCAAUUAUUGCAGUGAAUAGUUUUUGAAUCAAGUUAGACAAUAGAUGUAAAAGCUAAAUCUCUUUAUUGAAUAAAUUUCAUUUGAUAAAAUAUAUAAAGAAGGUAAAAAAUCUAUACAAUUUUCAGAAUUAAAUGAUGAAAAAAUAAACAGUGUUAAUGAAUAUGUUGAGCAUUUGAUCAAAUUAUAAGAUGAUCCUUAACACCUCUAAUCAGUUAAGAAUUCAUUUUAAAUAUCGAAUCUAUUCAAUGUCCUUGAUAAUAAAUUCAAUUUUAUCUCAGAUAAUUAUCGAGAUAACUUAAUGAGAUACUUAAUUGAAACAUAUCCAUUUUCAAAAAAUAUAAACACAGACCAAAUGUUCACUGAAGAAUAAAGCUUUAAUAUUGUGAGGAGUCUAGAAACAAAUUAUAUUAAAGGGCUUAUUAAAAUAGUAAAAAAGAAAUAGAAUCUAAGUGAAAAUCAAUAAAAUUUUGAUGAUAGUAAAAUAUGCAGAGUUCAAUAAAAAAUACUAAAAUUAUUUAGUUUUGAAAAAUUUGAAUUUGAAAAUAUUUUAAAACAAUUUCCUAUAUUUAAUUUAUUAUUAUUAAAAGGGAAAAGUAUCUUGAAUGAACUAUAAUUUUAGAAAAGCACUAUUUAUGAUGGAAACUAACGAAUAGAAAUAGUUAAAAAUAUGAAUAGCUAAUUUGAAAUUUCUAUAAAUGAAACAAACUACUAAGGGAAUUAUAAAGGCAGUGAAACGAAUUGCAUUUCUUAGAUAUUGGAUAGAGAUAAAAAAUACAUAUUUAGGAUUAAAUUACAAAAGGAUUCUUAUGGUUAUUUUAUGAUAGGAUUGAUGAAAAAUGAACAAUUCAAUAGCUUUUAGGGAUAUAAUGAUUAAAUGAGUUACUAUUUUGGAUUAGAAAAUAAUAAGAUAAAUCACUUAGGAUAUUAUGGAAUAGAUAAAUUUGUAAAAGGAGAUCCGACAUUAUUGCUAGAUGAAAAUAGUGCUUUAGAGUUGAGAGUUUGGUUAGAAGGAUAGUAAGUUGAAGUAUUAAAUUACCCAUAUUACUCCUAUAAAGUUGAAAUCUAAGAUGAAUAUAAAUAAAAUCUAUCUUAAAAAGAUCUAUGUUUAUAUUUGUAUUUACGUGGUCAAUAACAAAAAUAUAUCCUAAAAGAAGCAUUAGUAGUUGAGUAAUUUUGAAAAUUAAAAUAAGGAUGAAAUUAAAAAUGAAAUAAUUAAAUAAAUCAAUGAAUGAAUGAUUUAAAAAUAAUAGUUGAAUUUGUAUUUUAAUUUAAGCAUAGAAAUUUAAAUUAUAAUCAUUAAUAAUAAAAACAAUAGAGUAAAUAAAAAUAAAUUGCAUUAUAUGUAUUUUAUAUUUUAUUAGUUCAAUAAAAGA